CCCAGUCAUCUCAGCUUCUCUCUGGGCAAGAUGAAGACUUUAUCUACACAGCAGGCAGACACACUGUCAGAGCUGGGAGCAGCUCACACACACACAUUUAUAUGCACACGCGUUGACUGACUUACACACGCACUUCAGCAUUUAACCACAAAGCAGCUGACCUUACAACAAAGCAGCACAAAGGAGAGUGAGGUGAAAGGAGAGGAGACAGCACUGAGUCAGAGGAGAACAGUGAGUAACUCUGCUGGAAACAGUCCAGAGGACAGGAGAACAGGAACAAGUGAAGAGGACAAUUACGCAGUAUAGAGAGGAGAGAAAGAGGACCAUUUGAUUGCUUACAGACGGAUAGCAGAGUCCAGUCAGAACCUCACGGACAGACCCAUGGAGACCUCACGGACAGACCCAUGGAGACAGAGUCCUGGAGAUGGUACUCUGAGACGCCUGCCUUGAUCUCCCUAGAUCACUCUGUCUACAUCUGGCUAAUUAUUGCAGCAUUGAACAUAACCACAGCACUCCUCCGCCAUGCCCCUGUUCAGCUGGAUGAAAUGGUUGCGUGCUGAACGAGAAAAGGCGCAGGAUGAAGGGGCGUCCACAGGGUUAUCACCCAGCUGCACACUGAUCAGGGAGCUGCUGUGGCACGUGGAGGAGAGGGAGUGCAUGGCACGGGAGGUGGAGCAGGAACACAAGCUGGCCCACAACACCGCGGGAUACCCCCACUGGCUACAGAGCUACCCCAGUUUACGCACGCUAAUCCCCGCAUCGGAGCGCUGCCAGCUGGAGCACUUGUGUGCCCAGAUCCACCCUAUGCACACCGCUACAGUGCUCUCCAGGUUCCGUGACGUGCUGGCCAGCAAUAAGAUCCUGCCCUGGGAGCUUGUGUACGUCUUCAAGCAGGUGCUGAGAGACUUCCUCAACAAAGAGGAAGGGGAAGAAGAGGAGGAUCACAUGCCGGAGCCAGAACUGCUUGGGCCAAUGGAGGCCUGGACAAACAGAUACCAAAUGAAGCAGGGAUUUGUCACACCUACUGUGCCCAACUGUGGUGAGCCCCAGAGAGAAGAGAUCCCAACCAUCUCUGGCUAUGUGGACCGUACCAUGAGAGGCUCUUAUCCUUUCACUGCCCAUAGGGUCUGGGACCUUCCCUACUACUACCCAGUGCCACACAACUCCACAGAAGCCUACAGCACCCCACUGUGAGAGCGGGUGGGGUGGUAAAGUAGUACCCAACUCAAGAUCUUACUAGCUUCUAUCCUUGUUAGGUCAUGACUGAAAGAGUUGUCAUCUUAAAAAAAUAUGUUACAGAUUCAUUUUAAUUAAUGGGACUGCAACAAAAUCUUGCCCUGGACCAGCACUUGCAUGGGGGCAGAUUCAUACAUACAACAAUAGAUACUGCAAGCUAACUGGACUAGGGGUGCAUCUCAAUAGACUACUCGGUUACUCUAGCUACUACUGUAACAUAGAAAGCUACUUAAUUGCACUGGUUUAAUAAAUCAACCCGUGCCUAGGAAUUUUGGCACCUGGCUAGUUAGCUACUUUACUGUGUUAGUAUUACUGUAGUAGCUAAAUAAUGCUCAUAUUUACUGAAAAGUAUGUAGCUAGCUAUGUACCUAACUAAAGCAACGUUCCUUUCAUAUGUUAGCUAGCCAGCCAACAAAUGUGAACAUGUGUGAAAGUUUAGGUUCCAACCAAUUGGCAAAAGAUUCCCACCAGAUUUUUCUACCAAAUUGUCUUGUUGCCGCCAAAAGCCUGUGCGUAAUGACGUAGUUCACAUACAAAUACAUUGUGUGGUUCAAUUCCCAAGUACCGAAUAAAAAAUACAAGUGAAAUGUGUUUGCAUCGCAUUGAACUCUACUGAUGGUUCUCAAAAAAAUCUGGGUUAUGUAGCUUGUGUGCCCACUCUGGUAUUAACGUGUGCUCUAUACAACAGCAGUAGAUAACGCUCCAAGAGCGCAUGUAAUAGCCUACAUGUAUGAGAUUAUGGACAAGCGCGGCAGCCAAU